AUGACACAGUCCUUACCAGCACUUCUAUUCACCAUAGCUGGCUUCGUACAAAUGACAAUCUGGGCGAAAGGCAAGCAUGUGGCCUAUCGCAAGCAGUUCUCAAACUAUCCUCGCGAACCCAACAUGAACGGUCUUGAAUGGCAAGCCGUCUUACUGUGCGGUGGUAUGGGCAAUCGAAUGACCGAACUAACGGAUCGUAUUCCAAAAUGUAUGCUACCAAUCGCUGGUAUACCGAUGUUUUGGUAUCCGUUGAAUUUUAUCCGGAGAAAUGGCAUUAAUGAAGUUUUGUUUGUGGUCAGCGAACGGUUAUUACCCCAAGUGAAACAACUUAUAAAUGGGAAACAAUUACCACCGUUAGGCGAUGAACUCAACAUUGAAUAUAUACCGUUGUCGAGUGCAGCUGAGGAGUGGGGCACGGCCGAUGUAUUGAGGCAAAUUGAGCCGAAAAUUAAGAGUGAUUUUGUUGUCGUGAGCGGAGAUUUUAUAUCCGAUAUGAGUCUUGCACCGUUGAUGAGCAUGCAUCGAGCCAAUGAUUCGUGUUUAACGUGCGUUUUUGCCGAGAACUUUAUCACCGGUUCCGUUCCUGGACCGAAAAUGAAACGAUCUAAAGGUCGAGAUUUCGUGGCCUUAUCCGAGAAGAAUCAACUGCUUUUCCUGGGAUCUGAAGAAGAUUUCGAUGAUACAAUCCCAGUUAAUUCGCACUUAUUUUCGAAAUUCAGAAAUGUGAAUUUAACAGCGAAAUGCAAUGAUUGUCAUGUAUAUGUGAUGAAACGAUGGAUCAUUGAUAUCGUCAAACGGCAACGUUCACUAUCGUCGAUUAAAGCCGAUCUGAUACCAUAUCUUUUGGAACGACAGUACACGCAGUUGGAAUCUGGUACGUGCAGAAGAGCGAUUGUUUUUUUUGCAGAAUUGGUACCACACGUUGAAAUCGAUAAACUAACGGAACUUGCAAAUCAGUUCAGUUUCGGUACUCCAAUAGCGCCUCAGAUACCGCAACUACGUUGUUUCGCUUAUAUAGCGACACCAGAAAAUGGCUCGAUUGUAGCACAUGUGAAUAAUAUUGGUACUUAUUUCGAGGUUAAUAAAGCGAUAAUCCGAUUUUUGCACUGUAAAUUCAGUGAUUCAUUCCCGCACGGUCUAAAGAUGGACCAAAAUAUAAGUGAAAGUUAUGUGAAUAAAACGGUAAGAUUUCUGGAUGGAGCGUCGACGUUACGGACAGAUAGGCCGAUUAUCAAGAGGUCAGUGGUGGGAGCUGGAUGUGAGUUGGGAAUGCGAGUGAGGAUAACGAACUCGUUGAUUAUGGAUUCGUGCAAAAUUGGCACUGGUGUUCAAAUAACGAACACGAUUGUGUGCAGUGGUUGUGAGAUUGAGGAAGGCGCACAGAUAAUGUCUUCGAUUGUAAGCAAUCAACAGAAAAUACCCGCAAACGGUAAUUUUUUGAUAUGUUGA